AUGGCCAAGGUCCACCCUCAAACAUUUACUGCUGCUCCUCUUUCUCCACCUUCUGAUUCUUGUAUCACUUCAAAGAGAGAAGCAUUCACUAUAUGGAUGAAGUCACUUGUCAUACAAGGAAAUGGAUGCACUGUCUUCAAUUCAGAUGGGGAGAUUGUUUAUAGAAUUGAUAAUUAUGAUAAGAAGUGCAGCAGCGAAGUUUAUCUCAUGGAUCUUCAAGGCAAAGUUCUCUUCACCAUACUUCAAAGGAAACUCCGUGUUUUUGGAAGAUGGGAGGGGUAUAAAAGCAAUGGUUCAAAAGGGAACAAUCAGAAGCCAUGGUUUCAAGUUAGAAAAAAUUGCAGAAUUCUGGGAGGAGGUUCAUCAUGUCAAGUGACUGUGAGGCCUAAUGAAGCUCAAUCAUAUUGCUACAGAAUACAAGGCCUGACUGGUAAAUCAGCAUUCAAGAUAGUAGACAGCCAAGGAGGACUUCUUGCAGAGGUAGAGCAAAAACAAACAUCUUCAGGGGUAGUGUUGGGAGAAGAUGUACUAAACUUGGUGGUGGAGCCCCAUGUUGAUCAUUCCCUUGUCAUGGCUCUUGUGGCAGUAUAUGGACUGAUCCACCAUAGAAUGUGAAACGAAUUUCUGACCAUGAAAUCUGUAAAGCUGAGUCGAGGGCACACGAAGUUCACGAGGGCUAGGGUCACCCAGAGUUUCAUCAACUUCACACUGAGUGAUGGAGAGCGACAACCCUUUGAAAUCACCCCAUGAAGUGUGGCAUGGAGCCGAUGGAAAUAAUAAUAGUUUUGAGGAGAUUUAGGGGUUGAUGUCAAUGAGAAGUAUAGUUUUUGACAACACUUAGCAGCAAGUAUAAGGAAUGGGAAAUUAGAUGGAAUAGUCUGCUAUACAUUUUUGAGAUUUGAUUCGGAAUUUUGCCCAUCUGUACCAUAUUGAAAGAGGGCCUAGAGGGCUCUUACAGCAUUUGUAAAAUUCUCUGUAAAGAAAUUUCUCAUGCCUGGCA